AUGCCUAUACACUCUCCCGGAACGACGACGACACCGCCGAGCGCGCGGCGGCCCUGUGAUGCCGCGCGCCCUCAUGGCGUCAACCGAGCAUCUGGCCUCGUCCCCCGCGGGAGGGCCGCCGGGGCCGAAGGCACGGGCACCACCGCCGCAGUCGUCGUCGCCACCACCCCCACCGAAGGCUUCCUCGUCGUCUCCCCCGCCGCCGCCUCAGCACUCACCGCCGCCGCCACCGUCGAAGCAGUCCCCACCUCCUCCGGCACCUUCGUCGAAGACACCAGCGACUCCACCGGAGAAGUCGCCGAUGGCGUCCCCGCCUCCUCCGGCCUCGCCGCCGCCAGCAAGCAAGUCCCCUCCUCCUUCCCCGUCGACGCCGCCCCCGUCGCCACCUCCGCGUUCUUCGCCGCCGCCGCCCGCGUCAUCGACGACGCCACCAUCGUCGACGUCGCAGCAAUCGCCUCCGGGACCGGAAUCUACCAAGCCACCGCAGCCCUCGUCGUCAGAGAAGCCGCCCGGAGCAGCCUCACCUCCCCCAAAUGCGACGUCAGGCUCCGGAUCAAAAUCACAGCCGCCACCGCGCGAGACACCAUCGACGCCCCCAGACACCACCGCCGGUCGUCAGCCACCUCCCGCGUCGUCGGGGACACCGUCCUCGCCCACGCAAAUGCUGCCUCCUCCGAUGGCGGUGACGGUGAUCAUGCCGGGUGCCUCCGCCCCACCUGCAGGCGGCAGGUGGAGGGGCCCGCCUGGCCCCGCCGCUACCGCCCCGCCAUUGAGUCCCCCCGCGGGUGGCGUCUCCGGCAGCAGCAGCAUGAACAACGAGGCGAUCAUCAUCGGGAUCUCCGUUGCCGGGCUCCUCCUGUCACUGGCCUCGCUGUUGAUAAUGAUGUGCGUCAACAGCAAGCGGGGGAAGAGGAAGCGGCACGCGCAACCGUCGCCGUCGCGCAGGCACAACAUCGUCGUGCCGGAACGUCAGUGCCCGCCCCGCCUCGGAACGUCCUGUUUGCGUUGCUCUUGCCACCACCAUGCAUGCAGUAUGUAACCCUGCGCUUUUGUCUGUCACGAAAAGGGCUACCCGUGAUGGAUUGGCCGAAGCGGACGAAGAUUGCGAUCGGAGCGGCGCGUGGGUUGACGUACCUCCACGAAGACUGCCAUCCUAGGAUCAUACACAGGGACAUCAAGUCGGCCAACAUUCUCCUGGACGACGCCUUCGAGGCCAAGGUUGCAGAUUUCGGCCUUGCUAAACUGACAAACGACUCGCUGACUCAUAUCUCGACGCGCGUGAUGGGCACGUUCGGGUACAUGGCGCCCGAGUACGCACAAAGCGGGAAGCUGACCGACAGAUCCGACGUGUUCUCCUUCGGGGUGGUGCUCCUGGAGCUCAUCACCGGGCGGAAGCCCGUCGACGCAUCUCAACCGCUGGGAGAAGAGAGCCUGGUUGAAUGGGCUCGGCUUCUCCUCGUGGACGCCUUGGAGACGGACGACUUCCGAGAGGUCGCCGACCCUGCGCUGGAGUGCAGGUUCUCCAAGACCGAGAUGCGGAGGAUGGUGGAGGCGGCCGCCGCUUGCGUGCGCCACUCCGCCGCCAAGAGACCCAGGAUGGUGCAGGUGUGGCGAUCGCUGGACGUGGACGACUGCUCGUCGGACCUGACCAACGGCGUGAAGCUCGGGCAGAGCAUGGCGUACGACUCGGGCCGGUACUCGGCGGACAUCGAGCUGUUCCGGCGAAUGGCGUUCGCCAACGACCUCUCCACCGCCGAGUUGGGCGUCUUGGACGAGGACGACCACCACAGCAGCAAAGCCGGUUCCAGUUCCAGCCGGCACAAGUAA